UGUUCUCCACUCGCCGGUGGCCUUGCUCAGCCCCACUGGUGAUCCUGGUCGGCCUGGUGAGCAGGCAGCCAGGCCUUAUGGCGGGUCCGCAGGCGGCUCGAGCACUGACUUGUCCUCGGUGGGGAGCACCCGCAAGCCGCGGGCUUUUCCAGGAUGGAGAUGUCGUCAUCGGUGGACUUUUUCAUCUCCAUUACACGCCUCCUGCCAUAGACCAUGACUUUGCUGGCGAACCAGACUAUAGAGAAUGUACUGGUUUAGAGGAACUCCCCCUACAGUACAUUUACUCGAUGGUAUUUGCCGUGGAGGAGAUCAACCGGAGUCCUCGCCUGUUGCCGGGCGUGAGGUUGGGCUAUCACAUCCGCGACAGCUGCGCCUUGCACCCAUGGGCCACGCAAGCAGCCCUCUCGCUGGUGAGCGGAGACAGCACCACUUGCAACAUUGCUGCAACCCCGCAGGACGAUUCUGGAGGAGGUGAUGGGAAAGGUGUUCCGUUGAUCAUCGGUGGUGCUUCAUCCAAGACGGCCAUGAUACUUUCCAGAGUGCUGGGGCCACUCUCUGUACCUUUAAUGAGCUACCAGUCCAGCUGCCCUUGUUUGAGUGACAGGCGUCAGUUUCCCAACUUCUUCCGAACCAUCCCCAGCGACAUUUACCAGGCGCGGGCCAUUGCUAGGCUCGCCAUAUACUUCAAGUGGACCUGGAUCGGCACCGUGAUUGCAAACAAUGACUACGGUCUGAUGGCCGUCAAGGUGUUCCAGGAGGAGACCCAGGGUUCCGGCGUGUGUCUGGCCUUCGUGGAGACUCUAAACAGACAAAACAUUGUGAAUGAUGCCAGGAGAGCAGCCCUCGCGAUUAAGGCAUCAAGCGCCAGAGUGAUAUUGAUCUUUACGUGGUACACAGACGUCAGGGAGCUCUUUCUGCAGCUGGCCGACCUGAACGUGACAGACAGGCAGUUUCUUGCCAGCGAGGCCUGGAGCACCAGUGCCAGUCUUCUCCGACACCCUGUCACCUCGCGAGUAGCGAGCGGAGUCCUGGGCACGGCCAUUCGGAGCUCGCCGAUCCUCGGACUCCGAGAUUACCUCCGAAGUUUGACUCCCUCUCGUCGCCCGGGUGAUGACAUUUUGAGGGAGUUCUGGGAGAUGCAGUUUGCAUGCAUUCCUCGGCUUUCCAACGGCACAACCACGCCUGACCGGAGCGCCUCCCUGCCCCUGUGCCGAGGGGACGAGUCCCUGGAGAGGGUGGACAAUCUCUUCACUGACACCUCGCAGCUACGACAGGCUUACAACGUCUACUUGGCCGUUUACGCCGCUGCUCACGCCCUUCACGACCGCCUCGCCUGCCCCGACACACACACCUCCUCCAGGGAGGGCAGCUCCACCUGCUCCUCCCCAACAAAUGUCAAACCUGCCGAGCUGCUGCAGCACUUAAAUGACGUGAACUUCACCACGCCACAAGGGGAAAGACUUUAUUUUCAAGGGGCCGACAUCCCCGCCAAGUAUGACCUGGUCAACUGGAAGAAGCGCCCCGACGGCUCCCUGGAACUUGUUCUGAUCGGCCGAGUGGACGGCAACGAAAUCUUCAUGAACGACACAGCUGUGCAGUGGCGCUCAGGAUCUAGUCAGGUGCCAGCUUCGGUGUGCAAUGAGAGUUGCCCUCCUGGAACCAGGGUGGCCACCAGGAAAGGAGAACCGGUGUGUUGCUUUGACUGCAUCCCGUGUGCUGAAGGAGAGAUAAGCAACAUGACUGAUUCGCCCAAUUGUGAACGCUGUCCACUUGAGUUCUGGUCCAACACGGAGCAUACGGUCUGCAUCCUCCGCCAGCUGGACUUCCUGGCCUUCAACGAGACCUUAGGCAUCACCCUAACUGCGGUCGCCAUCUCUGGCACCAUGGUGACCUUCGCCGUUUUUGUGGUCUUUGUCUACUACAGACACACACCUGUGGUCCGAGCCAACAAUUCCGAACUGAGCUUCCUCCUCCUCUUGUCUCUCAAAUUCUGCUUCCUGUGCUCUCUGCUGUUCAUUGGCCGCCCCACCGUGUGGUCUUGUCGCUUCCAGCAGGCCGCCUUCGGCAUAAGUUUUGUGCUCUCCGUGUCCUGCCUGCAAGUAAAGACCAUUGUGGUCCUAGCGGCCUUCCGCUCUGCCCGGCCUGGCGGUGAAGCUUUGAUGAAAUGGUUUGGUCCGGUCCAACAGAGAGGGAGUGUCUGUGUGUUCACCGGCAUCCAGAUCAUCAUUUGUAUAAUUUGGCUGUCCCUCAUCCCCCCUGAACCUAAACCGGAGUUGGAUACUCCAGGGUUAAAGGUGACUCUUAAGUGCGACAUGACCUCCGCAGUGGGCUUCGCUCUGGUUCUGGGCUACAUCGGCCUGCUGGCCUGCACUUGCCUCCUGCUGGCCUUCCUCGCCAGGAAACUGCCCGACAACUUCAACGAGGCCAAGCUGAUCACUUUCAGCAUGCUCAUCUUCUGCGCCGUGUGGGUGGCCUUCGUGCCCGCCUACGUCAGCUCGCCUGGGAAGUACACUGUCGCUGUGGAGAUCUUUGCUAUCCUGGCUUCCAGCUAUGGCUUGCUCGUUUGUAUUUUUGCUCCCAAGUGUUUUAUCAUUCUCGUGAGGCCGGAGAGAAACACCAAGAAACACUUGAUGGCCAGGUAGCAUAUUACAGCCAGGUUAUCGAUUAUUUGAAUGAACUAUGUAUGAAAUAUGUGAUUCAUUCUUACUGAUUUGUAUGGUUAUGAUGAAAUAUAUACAGUAGUUCACUGUAGCACAAAGU